AAAUUCAAUAUUUUUCGUACAGAAUUUUGAACACAAACAUAGAACGAAAGUAUUCGUAAUGAAUGUUACCGAAGAAUUAGCAGAUUGGGAAGACUUCAGAACUAUGAAUCGAAAAAGGCAGUGGUUUACUAUUGAUGAAGCGCUACAACAAUUGUCUCUACAUAAGCCAGUUCAACGGCGUUAUUUACAACAGCUACAAAAUUCACGAAAUAACAUGACACCCAUCGUACCAGAAACCACAACAGCUUUAACUUCUCAGAUUCAAAUUCCAGAAUCAUCAUCAAGUCCCCAGGCAACAUCGACAACAAUACCACAAUCGACAACAAUACAAUCGAGCAAGACUGCUACGGCUAUUUGAUAUAUUGUGCGCUUUUAUAAAUACAAUCAGGCAUAAAUUAUUUCUUUUUUGUAAAUGGACUUACUGUUUUUUUAGUUUUAUUUUUGAAAUGUCUUGCUUUUUCUUGCCAAAAUUCAAUACAUAAAUUUUGAUAUUUGUAUCAGUUUAUCUAUUGCUUAAAAAUAAUUCGACUUAGGAUGAACAGGAUGGCCUAGAUAUGUUAAUCGAAAAAUCACCAUCUCAAUAAAACUGACCACUUUCAUACAGAAGAGAAAAAUCUCCAACGAACGCAGCCUUUUCAUUCUGAGUCAGGUUAUUUUUAAGAAAUCAAUUAUAAAGCUGCAUAUUCCUGUAUGUAUUUUUAAAUAUCAAAUGAGCAUUUGCGGGAUGAUAAAUAUACAUAUACCACAUGAAAAAUAUCCACAAACACAUCUUCUGAAAAGAUUUAGAUUUAAUAUCAUUUUAAACCGAUGCAAAUCUUAGCCAUCUAUCUAAAUUUGGAGAAGCGGUCAUGGCCUCGUCACCAGUUCUUAAAUACAUUUGAUUUUCGUUAUAUUAUUGAAAAAUUAAAAAAAAUCAACUUUGAAUUUUUUUUUAUUGUUUAUAAAAUUUAAUCUUAUAAGAUUUUUUUGUUUAACAUGUAGAAAUAAUAAUAGUGAUUAUUUGUAUUCUUAAUAUAAAUUUAAAGUCAAGUUUUUAAUAUUGAAAAUUUUUUUUUAGCAAAUAGUCUGCCAUUUCUUUGAUGAAGAUAAAACCAUGAUAAAGGAAAAAAAGAAUACACUUUGCAAUACUGUCUAUCUCUUUCUAACCUCAAUUUACAUGCAUUGCGCGUCAGAUAUGCUGAUACGACGCGUCAGAUAUGCAGACGUCAUUGUCACUUUAACAUCACCAACCGAACAUUGGAUUUUCGAAUGUAAGUUGCGAUUAUUCUAUUGUCACAGAAAAAUGUAGAAACUUCCACUGACAAAACAAAGAAACAGACAGACAGACAUGAAUGGUUAUGUGAUUGUGUAUGUAUAAUAUGUAUACUCAUGAAAGUAAGUUUGAUGUGUUAGGUUUGAUUGUAUUUGCGCGCACGUAGAACGUAGAAAGAAAACUCGUCAAAGUACACAUCAUAUAUUGUUCGGACGUCAAUAAAAGCAGAUCUCUUAACAAUUUAUUUUAUAAAUUUACUACAAUUUUUUGUUUAAAGAUUUCGUAAAUUCUAUAAUUUUCCGUUGUUCAGAUAAAAAAAAGAUUCCUCUUGAAAAUACUUGAAAAUCGUUCAAAAUUUAUUGUGUUUUGGGAAUAAACUUUGUUUAUUCGCGAUUGGAAAAUCAAGAAAAAAGAAAAUAAAAAUAAAUCAGCUUCAAGUAUCGUUAAAAUGUCUGCAGCAGCUGAUGCAUUCACUAGAUUUGCGCAGAAUUUGGGCAAUAAAAUCGAACCAACAGUAAGACAUCAUUUGGUCCGAGUUUAUGCAUGUCUCACCGCAACUACAUUUUGCGCUGCCAUUGGCGCUGCCGUUCAUUUACUUGGAAUAUUUGAAGCACCACUUCUAUCAGCUUUAAUUGGUUUUGGUUUGGCAUUGUACCUAAGCUUUGCUGUUGAUGAUCCGAAAACGUUUUACACUCGAUUGGCGGCUCUAAUGUGUUUCGGUUUCUUAACUGGAAAUUCGAUUGGACCCCUACUUAAUUUGGUGAUUGCAAUUGAACCACAAGUCGUUGUAACAGCGUUGAUUGGAACAGUUGUGGUCUUCGUUUCACUUAGCUGCUCUGCAUUAUUGGCUGAUCGUGGAAGCUUUCUUUUCAUCGGCGGACUUCUUUUGACUACUUUGAGCACAAUGGCUUUGUUUGGACUCGCAAAUAUUUUCAUUCAAUCACAAUUGAUUUAUCAGGCUCAUCUGUAUGUUGGACUCGUCGUUAUGGCUGGGUUUGUUUUAUUCGACACUCAAAUGAUUAUGGAAAAACGGCGAGCAGGAUCGACAGAUUGCAUCAGACAUUCAAUGGAUUUAUUCUUUGAUUUGAUUUCAAUGUUCCGUCGCUUGCUAAUCAUUCUCACUCAGAAGGAGGAGCGUGAGCAACGUCGUCGCAAGAAUAAAUAAAUUAUAUCGGGGUAGUGAUAUGGAAAAAAACUAUCAAUGGCAAAUAGUGUAACUGUAAUAAUUUAUAAAUAAAGAAUAUUUGAAUGUAUUCACGUUGUGAAUUUUUGAUCAAA